UGCGGCUUUAUCAUCUAACGAACUGAAGAUGGAAAACAGUGCGGUGACGGUGGCGGUGCGAGUGAGACCCUUCAGUCACAGGGAAAACAAUGAGAAUGCUCGUCGAGUGAUUUUCAUGGAGAAUCACGAGACUGUAGUUCAGCAUCCCGACACUAAACAGACGUACACCUUCUCUUUCGACUUCUCCUUCUACUCGGCUGAUGAAAUGGCCCCGAAUUUCGCCGGUCAGCAGACCAUUUAUGAAAAGCUGGCUAGACCCUUACUCGAAAGAGCGUUCGAAGGAUUUAACACCUGCCUUUUUGCGUAUGGACAAACGGGCUCGGGAAAAUCCUACACUAUGAUGGGUUUUGGUGAGGAGGCUGGCGUUAUACCCAGAUUCUGCGAGGAGCUUUUUGCAAGAGUGUCCAGUGCUGAUAAAAACGAGGUGACAUGUCACCUGGAGAUGAGCUACUUUGAGGUGUAUAAUGAGAAGAUCCACGAUUUGCUUGUGGUGAAGGAUGAGCAACACCAAAAGAAGAUGCCCUUGCGGGUCAGAGAACACCCGACUGAUGGGCCGUAUGUUGCAGAUCUUUCUACGAAUGUGGUCAGCUCCUAUGCUGAUGUCCAGGCCUGGCUUGAGCUUGGAAAUAAACAGCGAGCUACUGCUGCUACAGGAAUGAAUGACAAAAGCUCCCGGUCUCACUCUGUCUUCACUCUGGUCAUGACUCAGACUAAGACAGAAUUAGUGGAGGGAGAAGAACAUGAUCACAGAAUAAUCAGCAGAAUAAACCUGGUGGAUUUAGCUGGCAGUGAGCGCUGUGGCGUAGCUCAGACCAGUGGAGACCGGCUGAGGGAAGGAGCAAGCAUCAACAAGUCUUUGCUCACUCUGGGGAAGGUGAUUUCUUCACUCUCUGAGCAAGCUCAGGGCAGAAAGAAAAUCUUCAUUCCAUACAGGGAGUCGGUCCUGACAUGGUUACUGAAGGAAAGCCUGGGUGGAAACUCAAAAACGGCCAUGAUCGCAACACUGAGUCCAGCCACGAGCAACAUGGAUGAGAGCCUGAGCACUCUGCGCUAUGCUCAGCAGGCUCGCCUGAUCAUCAACGUAGCCAAGGUCAACGAGGACACCAAUGCCAAGCUGAUCCGAGAGCUGAAAGCAGAGGUGGAGAAGCUGCGGGCCGCCCAAAUGAGCUCGCAGGACAUCGAUCCAGAGAAGAUGAGACAAUUCCAGCAGGAAAUCUUCGCCCUGAAGUCUCAACUCUCUCAGCAGGAACGCGAAAUGGCUGAGGUGCACAGAACAUGGAAGGAGAAACUAGAGCACGCCGAGAGGAGAAAACGUGAAGAGACCAAAGAGCUCCAGCGUGUAGGCAUCACACUUAAAGUGGAUAACCGGCUCCCCAACCUUGUGAACCUGAAUGAGGACCCUCAGCUGUCAGAGAUGCUCUUAUACAUGAUUAAGGAGGGGCAGACUAAGGUCGGCAAGGUCAAGUCUGAGUCAGCCCAUGACAUCCAGCUCUCUGGGGCUCUUAUUGCUGAUGAACAUUGUAUUAUCUCCAAUGUUAAUGGCACAGUCAGCAUCACCCCCAUGGAAAAUGCCAAAACCUUUGUGAAUGGAAACCUUGUAUCUGAAGCCACCAUCCUCCACCAUGGUGACCGAGUGAUUCUUGGAGGAGAUCACUAUUUCCGCUUCAACCACCCGGCCGAGGUGCAAUGUGGAAAGCGAGUGUCCUGUUGGAGCAAUGGAGAUGGCCAGAAAGACUUUGAGUUUGCCAAGAAUGAGCUACUUUCAGCUCAAAGAGCUCAACUAGAGGCAGAGAUUGAAGACGCCCGACUGAAAGCCAAAGAGGAGAUGAUGCAGGGGAUCCAGGUGGCCAGAGAAAUGGCCCAGAAAGAGUUGUCUGACCAGAAGCUUCAGUAUGAGAACCGGAUCAAAGUCCUGGAGAAAGAACUUGAGGAAGAGAAUGAAAGAAAAAGAGCAGAGGAGCUUGAGAGGCAGAAGGUGGUCAGCAAGAUGGAGAAACUAGAGACCGCAAAGUCUCUCCUGGAACAAGAAAUGAGCAUGCACAAGAAACGGAUACAAAUGGAGGCCCAGGCUGCCAGACAGGCCAUGGUUGAUAAUGAUAUUCGACAUGCUAAAAUCCUUGAAGCGCUGGAAGCGGAGAAGAGGAAAAUUGCAGAAGAUCUAGCUGAUAUUCAGAAGAGACGUGCCCUGAAGGUGAACCAGACUCCCAAGACUGCUCCUCCACAAUGGGAUGCCAUGAAAUUGUCUCUUAUGAUUGAAGAAGCUAACAAAAUAAGCGCCAAAUUCAGGAAACACACAGUGUUUGGCAGACAUGAAGUAUCUGAGAAGGGGAGUGAAGGAGGAAACACUGAGACGCAAAUCCAAGUGCAGAACACUAAACUGGGCAUCUCCACCUUCUGGAGCAUGGAGAAAUUUCAAAGCAACCUGGCUGUCAUGAGGGAGCUGGAACAGGGCGUUUGCACCUCUAAAGAUGACGAUGUGUUUUAUGACCCCAACGAUCACUGGGAACCAGAUAUAUCUUCAGCAUCUGCAGAGUCAUCCUUUUCUCGCAGAAGGAGCAGGAGUCUGCUGAGGAGCAGGCGCAUCUCUGGGCGACUCUAUGAGAUCCGAGUGCACCCCAUUCAGAGCUUAAACUGCACCUCCUCACAGCCAACAGGCCUGAUAAGCAUGAGCAAAUCCCCUUCUUUUCAUUCCAGCAGUUCAGACUCGGCCUUGCCCGGCAUCUGCAAAGAUCUGAUAGCUGCCACAGUUUCCUGUUUACGUACUAGUUCAUCAGCAGAAGAGAGCGAGAGCCUGGCAGACAAACUCACUCUGGACCUUCUGUCCAUUUAUAACGCUGCAAACUCCAUCGCAGGCUUGUACGGGAAACUGGAUGACAACAGCCAGGAGAACUUGUUUGCAUGUAGCACUGAAGCACAGACUCAUCUUGUGAGAGCUACCUCGGCUAUCGAGAGAGCGGGGUUCGUUACCAUGCACUGGGUCUCCAACGUCAACUCCAGCACUCAGUCAGUGUCCCAAACUGUGGAGGAGCUCAAGACCGAAGUAAAGAAUACAGGAGGAUAUUUUCAGCUCCUUAUUCAGGGCUGUGAAUCUGAAAUCUCCUCAAUGGUGACAGAGGCCCUGAGGAAGAUGGGUAGGAGUAUAGACGCAGCUCUGAGCACCACUGCUCACCUGGCAGCAGUAACUGGCACACAUCUUCAUCUGACUGAACACGGAUCAGACGCUGUAGGCAAAGUGAAGAGGUCUGCUGGGAUGUGUCUGCGCAAGGGAAUGUGCCGAGGUGUGCGAGCUCUUCUGGAGGAGGCUCUGCUCAUCAGCCGAGAGAUGCUCAGACAUGCUCAGUUAGCUCAACCUAGAACUCAGAUUUUACAAAACCUUAAAGUGAAAAUGCUGGAGGUGGCAAAAAAUUUGCAAAGUUACAUUCACUGCAACAUGCUGGAGAAUCCUGACCCUACGGAGAAUGAUCAAGAGGGAGCCGACGCUGUGCAGAUGGAAUGUUUGAAAAACACGGCCUCCAGUCUCUUUCAGCUUAACCAUGCUCUCCAGCAGCUUCACUCCUCCUUAUCUCGCACUCUCAGAGGUAGAGGCAGCGAUGUUGGGCUCGGGUCUUUCAGAGAUACAAUCCAGUCUUUGACCAAGACCAUUUGUGACCUUGUGCGUGGAUUACCGAGACAGACGGACGUCUGCCCCGCUGGUACUCUUCAGCUGCCAUGUUUAAAGAGCGUCAUGGAUGCCCGAGAUGACCUGCACUCUGCAUUGUCCUCUCUGGCAGAACUGUUUGAUGAGAGCAGUGAAGAAAAUAUGGAAUCCAGGAUCUUCGUGAAUGAUGAGGUCCAGGAACCAGCUCAAGGCCCAAGAAACCAAACCGUUCCCAAAAUCAUGUACUCGCUGUCCUUGGGUGUCCGCCCGUGCUCCAGAGACAUUCAGUGGGUUUGAGCUGUCUCUUCUGAGUCAGAUAUAGGAGAAAUGUUCUUUACACUAGUUUAAGUACAAGUAGUAAUACUAAAGAAAUUUCCAACAUGCACAUUUUUCCAUUAAGACGUACUGUAUUAUUAAAUGUACAAAUAUAACGUUUUUUGUAUGUGAUUAUGCUUGUGUGGGGAUGAAUAUUACCUUUCUUCUGUAGAAUAUUUGCGUGUUUAUAUAUAACGGGUGUUUAUUUCUUGUAUAUUACCACGGAUAUAGUAAUAAGGUGCAGUUGGUGAUACAAAAAACUGUAUUAUUAAAAUAACUAUUUCAUCUUUAAAAAAAAAAAUCACUCAUGACUUUUGUAUGCACUGUUUUGCGUCUUUGCACAAACGUUUUACAAUUGCUGUCGUACAUUUGUCCCUUUACGUUGCCAUUAAAGAAUCAAUUUCUUUACAAUCAUGUAAUAAUUCAAUAGUUUAUGUAUUAUUUUUCAUAAUAAACACUGAUUUUAGCUGCA